AUGCAGCAACAGAGCGAUGCAGAGGCGGACGUUGCUUCUUGGACGCCGCUUUCGCAGCGUGUGGGUCUCAUCACGCGCAAAAUGGGCAUGACUACGCUGUUCACGCCGGACGGAAAAAAGACGCCCGCAACGGUGCUGUAUGUAGACGGCAACCAGAUCUCGAAACACAUUGGGGUGGAUGAGCUGCAUGAUCCCGGGACGCAGCCGUACAUUGCGGUGCAAGUUGCGGCGGUCGAUGCGCGUGCCAGCAACAUCACGAACCCCAUGCGCGGUCAUUUGCGCGCGGCGGGCAUCACGGACCCCAAGCGUAUUUUGCGCGAGUUUCGUGUGACGCGUGAUGCACUUGUUCCGCUCGGCACCAAACUUUCUGCCGCGCACUUUGUGCCGGGCCAGGAAGUCGACGUGCGCGCCAUUACGCGCGGCAAAGGAUUUGCCGGUGUGAUGAAGCGGCACAACUUUGCCGGCGGCAAUGCAACGCACGGUGCUUCUUUGGCGCACCGCACACCCGGCUCCAUCGGAAAUAAUCAGGACCCCGGGCGUGUAUUCCCCGGAAAGCGCAUGCCCGGUCGCAUGGGCGGCACUGCGCACCGCACGGUCCAAAACCUGCGUGUAUUGCGCGUCGAUCUUCGCAAUGAGCUCGUCUUUGUCAAAGGACCCGUGCCUGGACCCGACGGCGGCAUCGUCGAAGUCCGCGACGCGCUGAAAAACCUGGUCAAGAGCGCCUACUACACCUACCGAAAAGGCAAGACCUCCACCGGUGCGCUGCUCGAUCCUGCCAAUGGCGUCGCGCAGUACCUCGGCAACGGGCUGCAGGACCUGCCAUUUCCCGCAGGCACAGAUGCGCUCGCCGCUGCGCUGCCCGACGUGGUCGAAGCGGACAAAGAGGCGCUCUAG